AUGGAAGAGGAAUUCGGGAAACCAACUCAAGAUGCAACACCAGCACCCUCCUCCUCCAGCACCACCAUCAAUAUGGCUGCUGAUCUUGAAGCCACUGGCCUGUUCUUUACCCUUCUGCCUCAUUAUGAGGCUGCAUGUGAACAAGACGAGCAGCUGUCCCGGCACGAUAAGAAGCUCCGGACAAUGAUAGACAAGAUCACAAGCGCCCUCGCCGACGGCCACGGAAAACAUGGCAGCUCUCCCUUCCUUUCCUUGGACUCACUGAGGCACGCCGCUACCUGGCUGCAGGAAACCAACCAGCACGCUGCCGAGGUGAUACUUCACCACCAACCUCACAUCCACAGAAGCAACAGCCUCCUCUUCCUCCUCCGCGAUUACGUCAACCUCACCACCAUGACGGUUCAGUUCCUCAACCGCUUGCAGCUGGCCUUGAGCGGAACCAGAGACCGGCAGACGACCCUCUGGGUUUCCCUCCUCAACCGGCCGUCCGGCCCCGCCUCCGUCGACGAGGCCCUGCGGGACCUCGAGACCUUCUCGUCCACAACAGCAACAGGCUUCGCCGGUGUCGCCCUGUCGAUCUCCGAGCUGGUUUCGCAGCACCAGGUCAUGUUGCAGAAGCUCUGCGGGCAGCAGAGAUUCUUCAGGAGGAAGCAGCGGUGGAAGGUGGCUCGCAUCAUUCUCGCCGCCGUCUUCGCCGCCGCUUUGGUGUGUUCUCUUGUGCUUGUCUCCAUCUUUGCGCCGCCAGCAGUAGCGCAAGCCCUUGCAUUGGGCCGAGCUGCGGCGCAGGCCGGGUGGAAGCCCUUGAUUCGCUUGUUAGACCGCGACGCUGGUAAUGAACGGACCCGAUCUUUGGUUUCUGAGGGGCACAUGAGCGUGAUGGUGAUAACAGAGAUGGAGAGCAUCAGAAACUUGGUGACGAAGCUGCAGCAGGAUGCAGCCAGUCUGGUGAAUAGCUCGCAAUCCGCAACUGAGAUUAGCCACGAAAACACGGGAGCCUUUCGAGCGGCGCAGCAUGAGAUGGUUGAAGAAAUGAUUGCCCUGAUGAGGGGUGUCAAUGAAUUGAGCGACCACGUCGGGCUUGCUUGCAUCAGGAUUGAGCAGGCGAAGAACAUGGUGCUUCAGGGCGUAGUAGAUCAGAUAGAAUCUGGCAACCAACCAGUCAACGGUAUUUUGAAUCGGGCCAAAAGCCUGUGCGUAUCAUUUUUCUGCUGCAAAUCAUCGCGCCAUGAUUAA